CUUUGAUGCCCUUGAAUCGAUCCCAAUGGCAACUUCAAGCUUCUGGGUAUCGUUUUCCAGGAUUCUUGUUGGGUUAUACCUUGUUUUUGUUUUCCUGGAACCUAAGUUUUUGGCAGCUGCAGGUUUUAACAAGAACUGGGUCGAGCCUGAUAACAUUGAUCCAGAUAAUGAUGGACAGUAUCAAGUCCUCACCCAUGAUUCCGAUGAUCCUUUUGCCGAUGGUUCUAUUAGUACUGCUGGUGAUGGUGAUGGUGGAAGAUAUGAGGUUUGUGGUACUGAUCUUAGUUUUCUUGGUCCACCUUAUGGAAAUAUAUCCACUUCCAAGAUGGUUUGUUCGCCUAUAUGGAAUACGUUUAUUUUGAGGUAUUAUCAGAGGGGAGACAAUGUCAUGACCAUCAUACUAUCAGCAGUCUACACAACUGGAUGGGUGGGGAUUGGUUUUUCCAGUAAUGGGAUGAUGGUUGGAUCAAGUGCUAUGGUAGGAUGGUUUGAUAGAAAAGGUCAUGCAAGAGUCAAGCAAUACUACUUGCAAGGUGACGAUGAAUCACAAGUCAUCCCAGACAAGGGUGAAUUGCCACUUAACAAUAUUCCACCGGUUGUGGUCCUUCAUGGUGCCAUGAUUUACUUGGCGUUUCAAGCCAAGUUUGAUCAUCGUCUUGGCCGGCAACCUAUCAUAUUGGCUUUCGGAUGCAGAUAUCCUACGCAUUUGCACCUAACUAAACACGAUGACAAGACUGCCAUUUGGUUCGACUUCUCUCAAGCUUCUGUUCUAGACAUAGAUAUGAGCCAGAAAAAGAACCAUGCGAUGUUGGGAGUAAUAGGAUGGGGUUUACUCCUCCCUGCAGGGGCAAUCAUUGCGAGAUACUUGAAGCACAAAGAUCCAUUAUGGUAUUAUCUUCAUGCUGGGAUUCAAUUUCUAGGAUUCAUCCUGGGACUUGGUGCUGUGCUCCUCGGAAUACAACUCCACAGAAGCAUGGAUGCUGAUAUUCCAGCGCAUAGAGCCAUAGGAAUCUUUGUGCUUGUACUCAGCAUUCUCCAGAUAAUGGCAUUUUUUCUACGGCCAGACAAAGAUUCAAAGUACCGACGAUACUGGAACUGGUACCACCAUUGGUUUGGAAGAAUCGCAUUGUUUUUUGGAGCUUUGAAUAUAAUAUUGGGAAUUGAAAUAGCAAAUGCAGGGAAUGAAUGCAAGAUUGGCUAUGGGUUUCUCCUUGCUAUAACUCUAGUUGCAGUUAUUGUUUUAGAAGGAUUAUCGUGUAUGAGAAGAAGAGACAAGUCUAGUCUGUCUCCAACCUUCCAAAUGAAUCCAAUUUAG